AUGUCAAACAGCAGCAAGAAACAAUACCAAGUCGUCGUUCAGACCAACAACUUGAAACAAAUACCUGACUUUGCUAGAAAGCCUGUGUUGGGCUUCUCUACCUGGUCAUCACAAUUGCUGGAUGAUGUUCCUGGUUAUGGUGGAAAGCAUCUCAAUCCAUGGUUCAAUGAACAACAAAUCAAGGAUAUUUCAGACACCAUGAGAGAAAAAAUGCCAUCCUACGAGUACAUCAAUUUGGAUUCUGGCUGGUGCAACUCUUGCGAUGAAUACGGACGCUGGGAUGUUCGAAAGGAUGUCUUUCCUAACGGUUUACGGCCUAUUGCUGAUCACUUGAAGAAAAAUGGUCAUAAACUAGGCUUGUAUAUUUUACCUGGUAUUCGACAAGACGGUGCGGAUAAAAAAAAAACCAUCAAAGGAACAACGCAUACACUGGAUGAGCUGGUGCCUUCCAGAAAAGAGGGCUGUGGAUUCAAGGGAACGACAUUUAUGCCUGAUGAACACAACGAACUAGUGCAAAAGUACUAUGAUUCCAUUGCCGAUCUAUUUCACGAGUGGGGUGUGUCCUUUAUCAAGCUGGAUGCUGUGGGUCCUGGCGGUGGCAGCGAGUACUAUCCUUUCACAGCGCCUGACAAUCGAGCCUGUACGCAAAUGAUGCACAAUGCAUUCAAACGGUACGAUAUCUGGCUGGAAAUUUCAUGGCAAAUUGAUCCAACCUAUGCAGAUGAAUGGGCUCAAAUCUCCAACGGUGCUCGUAUUUACGUGGACAUUGAAUCCUAUUCUACCAAAAGCAUGACCUCGUCACAUCGUAUCAUGCAACGCAUCACACCGUGCGAGAAAUGGGCAGACACAUGUGUGGUGGGCAGUGAUUACGGAUUUUAUAUUGAUCUGGACGUGGUUCUGGUGGGGAUGACAGUCAAUGGCAAGUGUGUGGAUGGACUGGACAAUGAUGAUGUACGUCAAACCUGUAUCAGUUUCUGGGCCAUUGUGUCAUCUGUGUUCUGUAUUGGUUCCGAUCCAAGAGCUAUUCCCGAAAAAUACCUCGAGUGGUACAACCACAAGGAAAUACUGGAAAUUCAUCAAAGCGGAGUCAUGGCAAGACCUAUUGGAUCUGGUAAUGUGUGGCAGAACAGAAAGCAAGUGUGGUGGAAAAAGUUGAAAGACGGGCGCAUCUAUGUCUGUCUGAUCAAUGCACAUACAUACAUCUUUAUGCUAGGUCUCUCUCACGAGGUGACCGUCAAUUUCCAGGAUAUCGGUCAUUUCAAAAAGGCACAACUCAAAGAUGUAUGGACAGGCGAACAUUUAGGCUUAUACGAUGACAAGUACAGCAUUGUCUUGAGAGCAGGCCAAAGUCAAAUGCUGCUACUAACACCUGCUGCUUGA